AUGUCACGCAAAACUGUGACAAUUUCGCAACUUUUGUCCCUCUCACGUUGUGAUCCGGAGACUGUCUUAAUUGGACGCCUAGAGGUUGUUGAAGCAGAGGAUACUUUGUUUCCGCGGGGAGCCAUUGUAUUUUAUGACGCGACCGGAGAAUUGGAAUGCCAUGUAUUAGAUUUUCAAUUACAUUGGUUAUCUGGUGAAAUAGUCUUGAAAAAAUGGAAUCUUGUGUUAAAUAAAUUAGCGAAUGGGCGAACAAUAUCCAAUUAUAUAGAGGUUUCUGAGGUUGAAUUGCGUUCGAACUCUUCAGCAAUUUUAAAUAAAGAAAAGUCGAGUGAUACGUCUAUUGAGAAAAUAAUCGACAUACUUCAACUAAAGACACCUGCGUCUGUCGAGCCAUUAAAAAACGCACACAUAGUUGCCAGAGUAGCUGUUAAAAGCGUGUUGCAAAAUAACAAAGGCUUGCAUGCCAGUUUCGUAUUAACGCUCAAUGACAUUUCCGACUCUAAUUUUCAAGUCUAUGUCAUUUUUUCCGGAAAUGAUCUGAUUAAGUAUUAUAUGUCAAUAAACAUUGGAAAAAUUUACAUAUUGACCCAUCUGUUAAGAAGAGAUGAUUUUUUAAGAUCCAUAGAAACUCCUGUAUUUCAAUUUAAUUCAACACUAUCUACAGUUUCUCAUUGUAUUGAUGAUGACAGUAAAAUUUCCUCGUUGAUUGUGUCGAAUAUUUCUUCUCUGAAAUUACAAUCACGUCUAAACACGCAAAAAUUGCGAGUGAUGGAGCAGUCAAUGCGUUCUGCUGAAUUAUCUAUUCCACUUCUCACAUAUCAGGGUACAAUUACAUGUAUAUUGGACAAGAUAUUAGGCGUAUUUGUAUUAGACUCUAGAUGCAUUGUGCAUUUGGGACUCUAUUCUACUCACUAUUCAUCGUUGUUUCCAUUUCGCGUAGGAAUGAAUCUAAUACUUCAUAAUGUACAUACGAUUCCUUUAAAGUUAGAACGUGACAUAUGGAAGCUUUCUUCUAGUGAACAUUGUCCAAGUUUUAAUAGUGUUAAAACAAUUUUUGCAGCAUGUCAUUGUAGCACAAUUCAAAUAGAGAAAUUUCCUACUGAACAGCACAUUUUGGAAAAAGUGCUAUCAAGACCAAAAAGCAAAUUUUCGCUACUUUACAAUAGUGAGUUAUUCACUUUACUAGAGUUAUUAUGGAUUCAAUCGGUUUAUUAUGACAUAUUGGAAAAAUUCCCUGGCGGAUUUGGUGAUGAGACUUUAUUAGGGGAUUCACGAACAAAAACUUCCGCUGUCAACGAUACGAAUGGAUCUUUGUUAUCAAAAUUAUUACAAAGACAUUGUUUAGUGGACCGUCGUAGGGACUUAUUGACUGAAUUUUUUGACCAUAAAUUUUCUUGUCACACGUGUAAAACAAGCCAUGCCACUGAAAUAAAGUUUCCCAUAUUAUCGAAAAUUAUGAGAAUGAUCGACGAAAUUGCGUUUUCUCCAUCUUUAUUUGACGGAAACGAAAACGAAUAUACGUACAAAGUUAUUUCGCAGCGAGAAGCUGGAAUGGAAAAUUUUCAUUUAAUGGGCAUACUUCAAGGAAGUUUGGAUGGCACGCUUCAAAUUAAGGACCAUACAUGCAAGAUCUCGGUUGUUAAUAUUGCAAUUUCGCAAAAGAUACACACCUUUCAUUUAAAUAACAUUUGGAUCAUCCCCAAGUAUGAUAUUGUGAUAGAACGACCCGGAAAAACUUAUAUUCAAUUCGCUAUCGACAAAUGCUAUUGCUUUUAUGCAAAGCCAUCAAACUUUUCUAAUAACCUACAUCGAUGUAUUUUUCACAUUUGUCACGUUCAUACUACAAAAAUUAAUGGUCCAUCGGAAGAAGAAAUUCCAAAAAUGAAUGUGAAAAUAGAACUUAAGAUCUUAUUUGAAGUUGAUAAUAAUGUGGAGAAAUAUAUUUCUUUCUUAUCAACUAAGCAGCAUGUCAACAUUGAACAUACUUAUGUCCAUCUUUCAGAUGAUUUUGUGCGAUUAUUGCCAGCAAUACACGUUGGAUCACUUUAUGAAUUCGCUUAUGAUGAGUCUAUUCAGAAACAAAUGAGAGAAACCAAUGCCAAAGAAUUGUUUUUGAAUAGUAAAGUUAAUGCACAAAUAAGAAGCAUUAGAAUAGAUAAUAUAACGACUAAUGAUUCGGAAACUAUAACUUGCAAAGAUUUAUUUAAUCACAUAAUAGGUCCGGCAGUUGUACAAGUUGACGAAGCCGCCAGAAAUAUGUACAAAACUCUGGAGGCGAGAUUUUUGGACGAGAAUAAAAUCUUAAAUAUUAGUGACAUUUUAUAUGGAAAUUCUACGGAAUCAACGAAUGAUAAUAAUAGAUAUUGUGAUUCAAUUGUGUCAUUUCGGGGAAUUUUAAUAUCUAAAGAAUAUCGAAUAGCAACAACACUUCCCAAGUUUCUUGAUAAAUUCAUAUUAGGUAAUUACCAAAAUGAAGAAUUAUACCUACACAAUAAGACCAUUUUACUACGUAUACGGGAUAUAAUCACAAUGGAUGUUAUUGAUGUAUACGUUGGAUUUACGUCAAGAUAUACUUUGCCUCUUGGAAUUAUUCCUGGCCGGCACCUUGUUUUAAAGCUGGUAGCUGUUAAAACAUCUGUACUAGGUACUAUAUACUGUUAUUCUUUACCUAUUUCUCAUGUAGCACUUGAUGGAUUACCCAUAGAAGAUAGUACAUUGUUUCAACAACUGAAGAGUACAUAUCUAAUUGAUUUUCCACAAGACAAAAGUCAGCUUUACACAAUUUACCUGGUUCGUUGCACAAUAAUUAAACUUUUAGGCGUGAAAGUGUAUUGGAUAUGUGAAAUAUGCGAUCAAAUCUUGGUCAACAAUAGUUGUUCAAAUCAUUGUAGUCUUGCAAAACAUAAGCUUCACACAGAGGGAAAAUUCGAAGUAAGAGAUGGCACUUCAGCAGCGAGGGUGUUUGCGAAAGAUGAAUUAGUUCUUCGUGCACUUAUGUCUCUUAAUGAUGAUUCACAUCAAAAGAUAUGUUUGGAUGCCGCACGAAAAAAAAUUGAAUAUAGUUGGAAACAAUCUGAAAAUAUCAAUCGAAAUUGGUCAAAGGAAUAUACAAAUUCUAUAAUCGGUAGAGAUAUCAAUCUUUUUUGUCAACCGUUGUUCCAAAAAAUAAGUGGCACGAAAAACAUAAUCAAAUUGAAAGCCAUUCGUAUUGAGAACAUUUCUCCAACAAUCGAAGCAUAUAAAAGGAUUCAACAUUUAAAACAAGUAAAAUAA